AUGUCGACUAGUGCGCAGACCGGCCAAACUUCAUCUGGUGGAUUACCUGCACCACGACAGGGACGAAGGGGUAGAAAUUUCGGAGCUCUUCUGACCACCUCAGACGCAGCGGAUUCGCCAGCAGCAGCGACCAGCUCUCCAAGACAAUCAGGCGAUACCUCUCGCUCCGAAGCAUCAGGCAAGAAGGGCGCAGGCCUUACAUCUUCCAAGAAACCCACUCCGAAGGCGAGGAAGAAAGAUAAAGAUACUCCUCCCCACCAGGCACCGGCGGCGCCCCAAACCAAAGACUCGAAGCGGCCUGAACAGGCAGACUCGGCUCGGCCCAAGCCCCUGCCAUCCCCGGCAACCAAUGGCCAAAGCCAAUCCCUCAUCAAACAUUCCAGUCCUGACAGCAGUACGCCAGCCAGUGGAGAGACCUGCUUGAUUUGCGCCGAGUCGAUCAAGUACUUCGCCCUGGGAACAUGUUCACAUCGCACCUGCCAUAUCUGUGCCAUCCGAAUGCGAGCACUCUACAAGAAACGUGAUUGUGCAUUAUGCAAGACGGAGUUGAAGGACGUCGUCAUCACCACCGAUCCUCAGGCCAACUUCGCCAGCUAUGAUCUCUCGGACAUCAAAUUCAAGGACCCUCACCUCUCGAUCUAUUGCGAGACGUUUGAGCAGCUGGACGAAUUACUGGCCUAUCUCAAGUUCAACUGCCCCCAUCCGGACUGUUCCAGCGUGCUUCAGAAUUGGAAGGAUCUCAAGUCCCACACCCGGUCUGUCCACAAUGGUCUCUCACUCUGCGACCUCUGCUGCUCGAACAAGAAGGUCUUUGCACACGAGCACACCCUCUUUACCGCCAAGGGCAUCACCGUCCACAUGAACCAGGGCUCGGUUGGUGUUGGUAAAGGUCUUCGCCGGUCUCGGCUUAUGGGCGACGAGGGACCAGGAACAGCUGGAGAGGAUGAUGAUGGCUUCAAGGGCCAUCCACGUUGCGGCUUCUGUAGUGUUUACUACUACGAUGACGAUCAACUCUAUCAGCACUGUCGAGAUAAACAUGAACAGUGCUUCAUCUGUGUCCGCAAUGGAGUGGGGCGAUGGCAGUACUACUUGGAUUACCAGCAUUUGGAAAGUCAUUUUCGUGAUGAUCACUAUCUGUGUAGUCAAUCGACCUGUUUGCAGGCUAGAUUUGUGGUGUAUGAAACAGCGCUGGAGCUUCAAACCCAUCAGAUUGAGGUUCAUGGGGCUGAAAUGGGUGUGAAAGCUAUGAAGGAUGCUCGAAAGCUGGAAACAAAUUUCGUCUAUACCGGUGGCCAGGAGCAACAACACUCACAGACGCACACCAACCGGCAAGCACCACGAGAUCAACGCGCCGGACGUGGGAUAGCCGUGAUGGAUAUACCGCCUAUCAGUGGUGAGGGAUCCACCACUCUGUCUAACGCUAAUCGCAUUGUCCCAGGUCUGGCACCGAACCGCGGGCGAAACGAUAGCAGCAGGCCGCACAAAGGCAAGUCUAAAUCUGCACCAGCACAAGAACCAGAAGACUCUGGGCAACAAUCUUCUAGUAAUACCGAUAACAUCAACCAAGGCGGCAGCAGCUCUUCCACUAAAUACGACGUUCAACGCCACGCUGUGCUGAUGCAACGGGUGAGCGAGGCUGUGAAUGGCGCGGAAGCUAAGACUACAUCGUUUAAAGUUGCCGUCAGGACAUACCGUAACAACGAGAUGGCUGCCUCUGAUUUUCUCGAUACUCUCUGUAACAUAUUCGACCAUCGGUCUGAGACUAUUGGACCGAUCCUCAGUAACCUUUUAGACCUACUAGACAUUCAAGACGAGCGAAAGGGACAACUUUUGGAAAGAUGGCUUGAUCUCAAACUCGAACAAACUCAAUACCCGUCGCUUGAUGGUAACAAUUUUUCAAAAGGCCCGUCAGUCGGGAACCAUUCAAAUUUCCAGUCAGAUGGUAGCACGGCAGCGUUGGGCCCUCUGCACACCUCUUCCUGGGUCCGUCAGCAGCCCCAUUAUUCCAAGUUGGUCGAGAAAUCUUCUCGGACCCAGAAUCGCGAGGUGCCAGGCCUGGUGACCAAGAAACUCAAAUCUGGUGCCAAAGCUACCCCAUGGGCGUCUGGUUCGAGUAGCACACCAAAUACUCGUGUGAAUACUACCAAUGCGACUACAUCGUCGACCACUAUUCAUGCCAAUCAGUCCCGCCAUGUCGUUCCCAAACCGACCGCGGCAGCCCAAAACACCCAUUUUCCCAGUCUGCCCACGAAACAAGUCCCGACCGCCAAGCCGAGCUGGAAGCCCAACGGGGCCCGUCCCGACGGGGGCGCGGCCCAAUGGGUGGCGCCGAUCAACGAGCUCCCCGCAGGCCCUUCGUCCAACCAAGCUUCGGCGGGUGGGAGCAAAAAAUCGAAGAAGAUCCUCUUGUUCACUAAUUCUCGCUGA